AUGGAGGAUUUAGGAAUUGGAAUCUGUCACAAUGGGUUACAAGCCUUAUCUGUAUGUCUUACCUUAUAUGUUAUUGAACAAAAUCGUGUACGUGUUAAUAGUCCAGUGCAAGGACUAGACCUCUUUGAAUAUCUCCCACCAACAUAUCACAGAGUUAGAUGGCAUUUUGAAUGGACACAUCAUAUCAUCGAAAUUUUCAUCAUCUCUCAAGGUGAUGGAUAUGCACCAGAAAGCAAAAAACGUGAUAACCAAAUUCUUCAACUUGAAGGAAGUGGUGAGGACAUUAAUUGGUCUCCUAGUAUAACUGAAGUUUCAAACUUUUACUGUUAUGAUAAUCUUAUUGCCUCAAACUCAUCAACUUGUUCCUUUACAUUUGUUACCUCAACCAAUAAUUAG